AUGUCGACCAUCUUCCUCAAGACGAUCUCAGUGCUCCGCAUGGCAGCCGGGGUCUCCACGCUCAUCGUGCCACACCGUGUCGGACCACUAUUCGGGUUGACCAUAGGUCCAGACGCGAGUGUUGUUGCGCGUCUCUUUGGAUCAAGAGAUUUCAUCCUUGGAGCAUACCUGUACAAGACCGUCAGGGAGUGGGAUGGCAGUCGGGGUAACGAUCCCUUUGGGCAAGGCGCCCGAGACUCCUUGCUAUCUCAGAGUGCGACUUCUGUCCGAGAAAGCGACGGCGCGAUCAGUGCCACAGGGAAGGCUGACGGCAUUCCGAGGUUUGCGGGUUUGGGACAAGGGCUCAACAAGACUGUCUCCGUGUCUACGGUUCGAUCUGAUAACGUUGCGACUGCGCUGUGGCUUGGUGCUGCGUGCGAUGCGAUCGAUGUCGUGAGCGGUGCUGUUUGUUUCCUCGAGGGCGGGAUCUCCAACAUCGCGGCCGGGGAGCUUGUCGGUGGUGCGGCUAUCUUUGUCAUGGCUGCAUUAUGGCAGUUGAACGUGCUUCAGAGAAAAAGAUCAGCUGAGCAGGAGCUGUGA